AUGUCUCCCGCAAACAACUCUCUGUUGAGCCUUGAUCCAACCCACACAUCUUGCGUUGCCGGAAAAACUGCUUUAACAUGCCGCAGUUGUGCUGGUAAUGCCCCAAGGGGUUCCGUCUGCACUAGCUGUGCCGGUCUUGGUUAUACUUUAUUCUUAUGUGGACACUGCCAUCCAGCUGGAGGUGGAACUCCUAUCCGAACAACCACCUGGUCUACAGGUUCUAUUCGAACGAAUACCAUAGCCGUCUCCUCAAGGACAGCCAACACAACACCGGGAUCAUCGGCCCCGUCCUCUCCUGGCUCAUUAAGCCGAAGCCCAUCUACCUCAUUCCCAGAUCCCAGAGUAUCACAGGCAUGGAAGCGGGUUGGCGGGGGUAGUCGAGAUGGAACGGGUUGUGGACGUGUUGAGACAAACACACCACGCAAUCUAUAG